GACUCUCAGCAGCAGCAGCAGGAGGAGGAGGAACAAGCGGAGGUGCAGGAGGAGGAGAGCCGAGCACAUCCUAAAGUUUGUAGCUGCAGCUGUCUGGACGCAGCGGACGCACGGACUGCGCACCUGAAUCAGGUGUGGGAGUGGCUGCUCAGCUUAAUCCGGACAAUCUCACGACGCUUGGCCGAGGAGUGGAACGAGCCCAUAAAAAGAUUCUGCCAAUCUGCUGAACGAAGACGCUCUUCAUUUGUGACCGACAGCCUGACGCAUCAGAGAAACAUUUUCUACCUCUCGCUGCUUCUCUGCUUGUCAAGAAGGGCGUUUUUCUGAAGCGAUCACCCCAGAAGGAGGCGCCGGAAAGGAGUGGCGUCAGCGUUUGACAGCUCUGACCCACUUAUCACGCUGGUCGAAGGGAAAACUUAGCAUUUAGCAGACAGCUUCAGGAAAGGUUAUGCAUUGUUUUAUAUUCAGGGCCACUGAGCAGCUGACCUCCCACUCUGAUUAGCUCCACAGCCACACAUGUGCCCACACAGACGCGCACACACCGGGCUGCCGGCCGCUGCAGGUGCUUUAGAGCGCCGCUCGUGUCUGCGUUUCACUUUAGCGUCACAACACGGAGACGCGCUGAAACAGCUGAACCCAACUUGGUGUUAGAAGUCCAUCUGCGCGCUAUUAACUCCCUGAGAGCACGCUGACCUUGACCGCCAUCAGUGACGUUUGCGUUAGCGGGAGGCGGUGUCACGUCCUGUCUGCUCUGUGAGAAUGAGAGCUGGUGUGGCUCCGAUAAACACUCUAAAAACAUGAGCGCCGGAGGGCAGGCGCUGAAAUAGGAACGGCUGAGCGUCAUUAGACUUUUUAGGCAAAUGUGUUACACAAAAAAUAGUCCUUAUUAAUUGAAAAGUGUGUGUUUGACACACUGUCAGAACACAUGCGAGUCAAAGCUGUCUGGGUCAUGUCACUUUGACUGGCCUACAUUUGAUCCAAUAAAGUGGCGACCAUGGGACUGCGUUCAUCGUAGACGAACGGUGCGGUCCUCUCGCUCGGUAACUAUUCUUCUAAAAAUAAAUAAACAGGGUCUGCAAUAUUAAACUUUCCUAAAUGAACGCCUUCCCUUCCUUCUCCGCACCUCCACCCAACACACCAACCAUCCAGUCAGUGUGUAAGCCCUGUCUUCGGGCCCCGUGGAGGAUGAACGAUGUGCCCACGCUUGACUACGAGUUGCUGCUGUCCCCAGCCAGCUCCUCCCUCACCGGCAAUCAUGGCGGCGGCAGCAGCAGCCCUCCUCUGGCCUUGGUCGGGGUGGACACGGAGCAGCGUACCGCUCUGGCCUUUGUAGGCCUCCUCAUGCUCUUCUUGGUCUUCCUGCUGGUCAGAUGCUUCAGGAUCCUUCUGGACCCCUACAGCCGCAUGCCUGCAUCAUCCUGGACUGACCACAAGGAGGGGCUAGAGAGGGGUCAGUUUGAUUAUGCACUGGUGUAGGGGGACACGGCGUGUCAUUGCACACAGACACUGUUUUAAAGCACGGACUGGUUUAGAGGGACAUAACAUUGUGACUGCACUGCUUAAGAAGGACGUCAACUAUUGCAGGAAGUUUGUACUGUGUCACUGUCAUCGUGUACUGGUGUAAAUACGCGGCUGCAGGACCACAGGUAACCAUAACGACUGUGGUUCGACAUGAGGCUCGACGCACAGCUGCCUUAACCAGACCUACAGGGGAAACAUGCUACCCAGGCCACAGCAUCACUUUAGGGCUAGCUGGACAGGAUUUGGGAAAUAUUCACUCACAACUAACCUCAAAGCUAGAUUUCUUUUUUAAACCCACUCCACUUGCAUAAACA